CCAAAUUUGAACUCCACCGCCGCCAUCGAGGUCGCCCUUGCCAAUCUCCACAUUCGGCCGUCGCGGGGGGUCGUCUACGCCGGAUUGCCGCCUCCGUCGCCGCCGCAAGGUCGUCCGCACAGGGCUCCGGGGCUCCUCUGCUGUCGCUGGGCCGAUCUGCGCGCACGAUGGCUGCGGAUCUGAGCGGCCGGCUGCCGAGACACCACCCGGCGGUGAGCGAUCUGCUCUCGACUCUUGCCGCCGCCAACAGCACCCUCGCCGACGUGCAGCGCCGCCUCGACGUCGAGUUCCGCGCCGCCUACCCGGAUCACGCGAACCCGGCGAAGCUGGUGGCGCGGCUGAAGCGGAUCCAGGAGGAGGUGGCGGCGCUCAAGGGCCUCUGCCGUGACCUGCUCGCCCAGAAGCAGGAGCUGAUCGACACAAUGCGGACGAGCCUAGCGGCGCAGCGCCGCGCCACGCAGCGGCUGCUCGCCUCCUCCGGGCUGCCCCCCAUGUCUGACAAGGAGGAGGCUGCCUACGCCAGUCUCAACCAGAUCAUCGAUGAGUGGACGGCGCAUGUUGGGCCAGCCACAGGAGACGGGAAGGAUGUAGACACCAACCAGAUCUUCUUCUCCGCUGUCGUUUAAAGCGAAUCAAGAGUGGCCGCAACCUGAGCCAGGAUGUCUCCCGUGCUGCCGUGGCGCCGUUCAUGCCAUUGUUUUGUGUCUUGGCGAGAAUAGUUGCUUGCGAUGUAUCGUACGGUCAUAAUAUCGUGUGGUAGAUCCAUUUCUGCGUGAGGAUCACCGUUUGGAGUUUGGAGCUGGUUGCACUGGAGAUUCUAAUUCACACGAUCACGCACCAGCUGCUGCUGUGGAGAGGAUGAAUUAGAAAGUUUUCUGAACAAGUUGUAGGCUUUGGUUGAAUUGAGGUGUGCUUACUGCUUAGGAGAGUUUGUGCAGCUAUAAGCUCCCUCAUGCUCAUUUUCGUGUUAUCUUACUUCCCUCAUGCUCAACAUCUGUAGAGUCUUCAUUGCUGCAAUGAAGAUCAUCAUUCUGUAGCUGGUUGCGUUGGUGAUUCUACUUCACACACCUGAUUCUGUUGUGGGGAGAAUGGAUUACAGAGUUCUCUGCCUCUCUGAAAAUGUUGAUGGCUUUGGUUGAAUCGCAGCGUGCUUAGCGGGAGAGUUUCAGAAAGUAGAAAACGGACAUCUUGUUUCUCCAUGCUCUGUAACUACACGCUCCCAUUAUCUUGCUUUCAUUUUCAUUCUAUGAAGAAUCUGCUUUCGAAUAAUACAGAGUGAGGGAGACAUUUUGCUUAAGAAUUAAAAAUAAACUUUCCAGGCUUC